AUGCUAAAUGCAAACGACACAACUGUCGCAUUAGGGGGAAAAACUAAGUGUACCAGUAAGAACAACUCCCAGUGUUAUUUUCCUGAUGAUGCACAUAGCACGAACAAUAAAUGUAGCGGAAAGAAUGGGAGGAACAUCAUGCCGCCUCGCUUUAUGAAUGCCCUCUUACUAGUCAUAUUAUGUGUUGUACUAAAGAAUGAGUAUACAUGUUCAAAUGAGGAUGAAUUAAGGACUAAUACAUCAAGGCAGUUGUCUGAAAUGAAAGAUUAUUCAAGGGGACCUAAGAAUAAUAUAUGCACAAGAAAUGGCAGAUAUUCUUCCCCAGACGAACAAUUUAACAACAUGCGCGAGGGUGGAAUGCCACCUUGUGGCAGGGAAUCCAGAAUUCAAAUGUCACCGCAUGAGGAAUGGAAUGAAGAGAGAGGACCACAUAACCCAAGAAAUAGAGACAUGAAUAUAGGUAUGCAGAGAAAUAUGGAAAGAGGAGAUAGAAGAAGAAAUAGAUACAGGGAUGAUUCUGAUGAGGAAGUGGAUAUGGAAAGAGGAGAUAGAAGGAGGAAUAGAAACAGGGAUGAUUCAGAUGAGGACAUGGAUAUGGAAAGAGAUAAUAGAAGGAGAAGAGUUAGGGGUAGACAGACGGAUCAAGAAGACGGCGGGUACAUGUACGAAAAAGAAAGAGAAAUGGGCAGAAGAAGAGAUGGGGACGAAAUGGACAGAAGAAGAUACAGAGACGAAAUGGACAGAAGAAGAGACAGAGACGAGAUGGUCAGAAGAAGAGAUAGAGACGAGAUGGGCAGAAGAAGAGAUGGGGACGAAAUGGACAGAAGAAGAGAAAGAGAUGAAAUGGUCAGAAGAAGAGACAGAGACGAGAUGGACAGAAGAAGAGAUAGGGACGAAAUGGGCAGAAGAAAAGAUGGGGACGAAAUGGGCAGAAGAAAAGAUGGGGACGAAAUGGACAGAAGAAGAGAUGGGGGAGAAAUGGGAAGAAGAAGAGACAGAGAUGAAAUGGACAGAAGAAGAGAUGGGGACGAAAUGGGCAGAAGAAGAGACAGAGAUGAAAUGGGCAGAGGAAAAGAAAAGGGAAGAGAAGAAAUGGACGACGAAAAUGAAGAACAACCAGAAAUGCGCGUUGUACUGGGCCGAGAAGUAGGUAGAAUAUUGCCUCGAGGAGAUAUGAAUGCAGAAAUGGAAAGAAGAAGAAGAGGAAAAGGUAGGGAUAUGGACGAAGAAGAAAACAAAGAUAAAACAAGAGGAAAAGGGAAGGAUAUGGAUAUGGAAAAUCACAUGAAUAAAAAACCAAAUACAAACAAGAAUAUGCCACCAGCUUCUGAUAUAAAAGGUUUGGAUACAUCUAACACUGUAGAUGUUAAUUUUCAUGUUACCGAAGCCGACAUUGCUCAAAUGAUUGAUAAAUUAGAAGAUUACGUAAAGGUCGAUGACAUGUUUUUACUAUUUAACCUGGUGAAUAAUAAUGAAAAAAAUAAAUAUAUUAAAAUGCAGCUAGGAGUUAUUAAACUAGGUGAAGUUUUAGCCCAAUAUUACAAAACCCCAGAGCAUUAUAAAACUAGACAGUGGGCCAAAUCUUACCAAGGAAUGACAGAACAAUUAUUGCAUAAUGAAAGGAAGUCCUACAACAAAUUAUGCACAUUCCUUCAAAAUGGAAACACUUCCCACGUGGCCUUUGUUGAAUUCUUAAAUGAAUUAGUCGGUAUAUGGACAAGUUUUACCAAGGAAAUGGAAAAAUAUUGGAAAAAUUAUUUAAGCAGCAAAUUAAAGUUGUACUGGGAAACUAAUAAUGCAGAUAUGUAA